CCCGGCCCCUCCCCCCUCCCCUUCCCCCGCUACACUGUUGUUGUUUUGUUGUUGUUUUGAUUCGCAACCACCACCAUAACCCCAAACACUAGCAGAAGAACAAGCCCGAAUGAUUCUUUCACAUCUCUUUGUACAUAGACAUGGCCUCCUCCAGAAAUCCCUCACCAUCCCCGUCUAUCUCUUCGACUUCAACCGACGUCACAUCUGAUUUGAGCCCUGAAGAAGCUGAAAUCAGAAACUUUGUCAAGAAGCGACUAGGCAAACGGCUUUUCCUGGGGCAUUAUCAGGAACGCAGAUAUGUCGACACCCUUAGACUGUAUAGAGAUGUGGUUGUUCUUCAUAAGUCCGAAACGGAAUUACAAGUUGAUAUUGAGAGAGUUCAGCUGAAACUGAUUUCCUUUUACCGUGGUGGAAAGUGGUUAGGCAUUACCAGCCCAGAUACUAUUGGAGCUCCAGCAGCAGGGCAUUGCCUUUGGACCAAGCUUCAGGAUGUUGCUUUUGGCUUCUACUGGUUUCAAAUAAGGCAAAUUCGUUUUGAAGACAAUGCAGUGGAAGUGAGGCUGAAAGUCAUUAGAAAAGUAAAUGAGGAAGUCAUUGCUCCUGCGGCUGCUGCUCCUAGCUUGUCCAAAACUAUAUCCGACAAUGUAGACUCAUUGAAGAGCCGCAUCAAAACAAGUAUCCAUUCUAUGAACGAAAAUCCUUCCUCCAAAAAGGAAUCAUCCUCUGAGAAUGACAAUCCAUCCUCGAAAAAGGAAUCACCCUCUAAACCGUCACAAUCUGUUCCUGAGAAUGACUGUGCAGAAAAAGAGGGCUCUGUCCCAGUGCCUGAUAAACACACAAUUACAGUAGAUGAUAUGAAAGUACUUGGCCAAGUUGUAAUCCAUAAUUGGAAAGAGAUUUUCUUGUUCCUAAGCACAGCAAUUGUAGGCAUUGUUAUUGGACUUGCUAAGUGUGUGGAAUAUGCUGGUAAUUUCUCAUUGAAACUCUUGCACGAAUUUUCAUUUUUAAUGAGAACAUUAACUCCAAUCGUCUUAGGUGUGAUAGAACUUGUGGGUAAACUAGUUGGUGGCUUGUAUCUUCUAAUUGCAAUGCUAUUCCGAGGCAAUGGACCUCCUCCUCCACCUCAACAGUUCAGGCGCCCUCAGCUUACCAUGGGCGCCCAGCGUACUCCUGAUCAAUUUGGUCGUGAACUCUUUUUCAAAAGAGCUGGACCACCUGGUUUUGAAAAUAGGCGGAAUAGAUAUUAGAUCUUUAUUCACACCUUAAAAAAAAUUUUAAAAAAUGAAGCCAAGUUUAGUCCUCCUCUGCCCGCCCUUGUUGUACUGUUUUAAUCGUGAGAAUACUAUUUCUUAUUUAUAGCUAGUGGUUCAAUGUAGAAAUACUCCAGAUGAGCGGAAAGCUCUACAAUGUCUUGCUUAUUGUCUAGCUUUUUUUUUAUUUUCUUGUCAAAUGAUUUAUUUAUGGCUACUGCAUAUUAUAUCCUUUUUUCAUCUACUGAGGGACCAUUCUCUUUUAUUAUUCUUGACAGUGAUAUGUUUUUGGGCGUUUUAUGUUCCAAAUGGCUACAAAUCUAGUGGUUUGUAUUAGAAUAGAUGCAUGAGCUAUGAAAUAGUGAUGCAUUUCUACUGUUGCAUGACAAAAUAUAUGUGAUUAAUGACUGUUCUAAUUUAAUUUUCUCUUGUUUUUAAGUUGAGAGCAUGUUAUUAUUGUAUGAAAGUGGUUUGUAAAUACUACUUACACCAUAACCAUUGUUGAAUAAAGUACGUUUGAUGUAGUAA